AUGAACCAACAAAGGUCUAGAACUUCCAAUGAAACUCUCGAAUUAUAUGAAAGGUUCUAUACAAAGCAUAGGGUAGAACUGUUGAGCACUGGGAUGAUGGAUUGUCUCUUGAGUCAAGACAUCCUAUCACUACUUGUAUCUUCAAUACUAUCUCCCAUUGUUCAACUUGCCAAGUCUUCCCAGCCAGGAAAUAAUUUGAUGUCGAUAAUGGUUAACCCCGACUUUGCAUACCGAUUAGGAAAGGACCUUGCUCUUAGCCAACCUCUAAAUUUAACCGUAAUGAGACGGUACAUCUAUUUCCACCAAUUAUAA